UAACACUUAAAGUGGCACUUUCAAUUUUCUCACUCAAGCUCUGAAGUCAACUAUUAAUUUGGAAGGAAACUCUGUGCUUGCAUGGAUACACACGAACGUGAAGACACACACGCACACACAUGCUCUGGGUUGUGUGCGUAAGUAAACACAACGGCCUUAUAAAUAUAAAUUGCAGUCAAUGGUGCUGGAAUUCCUUUGCACUCAGUCACCCAGUCACUUGUCCUCUCUCCCUUUCACUUUGUACACACCCCCAGCAGGUGCUUUCACUUGAGGUUUAGUUUGCUGUUGUGCUUUAGGCUGUGUCUUUUAGGUUCAGUGAAAUUGUGCCAGAAAAAAGCUGACAAGGGGGAUCCCAGGCCUCAGCCUGGGGCUCAGCAUCAGCCAUCAAGGAAAAAACAGACUGUGGACUGCCUGCUUCACCUUCGUUCACAGGCAGAGAACCGCAUCUGCAGGGAAGCUUUCUCCAUCAGACCAUCUUUGCAGAGAUGUCGACUCCACCGAGCGGCUUACCAGAGAGCUCUGACUUCGUGUCCCGGAUUGGGAUGACAGAGGAUUCACUCGUCUUCCACGAGCGAACCAGAUGCUCUGAAGACCCCUGGGACACAGUUGACAUCAAACCCAACAUAGAAGCUCUGGAGCGUGGAGCGGGCCUCUACCUCUCCUGCUACGACAUGCUCCUCACUGAAGAUGCCGCCUGGGUGGUGAAAGUUUCGGAGGGGUCCACUGCACUAGCCGUACCCAUGAGCCGCAUGGAUAGCCGAGAGGAGCCAGAGCAGUGCCCUGUCAUUGAUAGCCAGGAGCAUGGACUCUCUCCUGGGCUUGAGGGUCAGAUGGAGGACCGUUCUCUGGAGCAGGUGCAGAGCAUGGUCGUAGGAGAGGUGCUGAAGGACAUCGAAACAGCCUGCAAACUGCUCAACAUCACCUCAGACCCUACAGAGUGGAACAUGGGGAAUGUCCAAAAGUGGAUGCUGUGGACUGAGCACCUGUACAGGUUGCCCCAGGCAGGAAAGGCCUUCCAGGAGCUGACAGGGAAGGACCUGUGUGCCAUGAGCGAAGAGGAGUUUCGGCAGCGUUCCCCACUGUGCGGAGACACGCUGUACGCUCACCUGGAUAUAUGGAAGUCAGCUGCCUGGAUGAAAGAGAGGUGCUCAGCUGUAGAUACCAAAGCUACAGGCUGUCAGGAGCUUUGGUCCGAGGCAGAUUCAUCCUGUUCGGGUCAACCGAUUCAUCUGUGGCAGUUCCUCCGAGAGCUGCUGCUCAAACCUCACAACUAUGGUCGCUGCAUACGCUGGCUCAAUAAAGAAAAAGGUAUUUUUAAAAUCGAAGACUCGGCUCAUGUGGCGCGACUGUGGGGACUCAGGAAGAACCGGCCUGCUAUGAAUUAUGACAAGCUGAGCCGCUCCAUUCGGCAGUACUACAAAAAGGGAAUCAUCCGCAAGCCUGACGUGUCUCAGAGACUGGUCUACCAGUUUGUUCACCCAGUAUGAGGCUUCAGGAGACUGGGAUGAUGAGAAGGAGUCUUAUGACAAUAAAACAGAACUAUA